GGAGGGCGGUGGCUGAUGCCGUCGCCGGCGGCUGCAGUCGUUGGGUGGCCUCGAUGGUAAUACUUUUUAUUGAAUUUGAACGCGCUCUUAUCACUCUGUGAAGCUAUCGCAAAUGAGAAGGUUUCCGCAACUUCGCCCCCUCUCCAGUCGCGCUCUCCAGUCCCGAUGUUCUUCUCAAUCCUCGUCGACUUCCGAGAUCAUCAAAGACUCGGGAACUGAUGCCGAAGCCAUCGCCCGAGAGAUCUCCAGCAUCCUCGCCUGCGCGGGUAACUGGAGCCUCCUCAUCACUUGCUCCGACAUCCCCCGUCGAAUUACUCCAGAAGCUCUCUUCGCCGUCCUUCGGCGUCCGAUUAACUCGAUCGAUGCCAGGCGUCUUCUAGAUUUCUUUGCUUGGGCAGAUUCCCGAAUGGUUCGUCCACCGACUCUGGACUCCUUCUCCAUACUCGCUGUUCAUCUCUGUAACUCCGGAUUCUUCGGCCCUGCUAACGGCCUCCUUGAUCGGAUGAUUAGAAUUUACACGUCUCCUUCUUCUGUCCUGGAUUCUCUGAGGGACAGCCUCAUUAGCAUCGAAGGAUCGAAUAAGAAGGUUUUUGAUGUGCUGAUUGAUACUUAUAAGAUAAAUGGUUUGCUUAAAGAAGCAACUGAAGUUGUUUUAUUGAUGAAUGAAGGCAGCAUGAUGCCUAGUUUGAGGUGCUACAAUGGGCUUUUGAAAGAGCUCCUAAGGGCCAAUCUCAUGAAUUUGUUCUGGCAGGUGCAUGAUUUCAUGGUGAGAAAGCAAGUUGAUCAGGAUGUUUACACGUUUUCUACCUUGAUUAGUGCAUAUUUCAAGGUUGGAGAUGUACUUUCCGCAAAGAGAGUGAUUGGGGAGAUGAAAGAGAGAGGCUGUGAUCCUAAUACAGUGAUAUAUAACACUCUCAUUGGAGGGCUUUGCAGGAGUGGUAACUCUAAGGAAGGAAGAUUAUUUUUUGAUGAGAUGUCGUUCCAAGAGAUGAAACCUGAAAUUACUGUGUACAAUUCUUUGAUUGAUGGGUUUAUGAGGGAAGAUAAUGUGGACGAGGCUUUUAAAAUAAGGGAUGUUAUGGUGGCUUCCGGCCUCCAGCCAAACCUGAUUACUUACAACAACUUCAUUCGUGGAUUAUGCAAGCUAUGUAAAAUGGAUGAGGCUCAUGAGCUCUUGAAAGAGAUGAUUCGAGCUGGUUGGAAUCCAGAUGCAAUGACUUAUAAUUUCAUUAUUGAGGGACAUUUCCGUGAGAACAAAUCAAAAUCUGCAUUUCAGGUGUUCGUUGAUAUGAAAACUAGUAGUGUGUCUCCUAAUCUGUAUACUUACAGCUUGAUGAUAAAUGGUUUGUGUCGUUGCAGAGAGCUGAAGAAGGCAGCUAGUUUGCUGGAAGAGAUGAUCUCAACAGGCCUAGAGCCAAAUGCCAUUGUUUACUCUCCACUUAUUUCUGGUCUGUGCAGAGAAGGCAGAGAGGAAGAUGCUUGCAUGAUAUUCAACAGUAUGAAGGAUAGAAAUGUUCUUCCUGAUGCCCACUGCUAUAAUUCUCUCAUGAAUGGUCUAUCCAAGGCUGGGAAGAUGGAAGAAGCUAAGCACUAUUUUGCCCAAAUGAGGGACAGGGGGAUUUCACCAAAUUUAUUCACAUAUGCAUCUCUCAUCCAUGGCUAUAGUAAAGGUGGAGAAAUGUCGGAAGCUGAUUUUUACUUCAAAGAGAUGCUUACUCGAGGAAUAAAGCCGAAUGAUGUUAUAUAUACGACCCUCAUUGAUGGCCACUGCAAAGCUGGCAAUAUUCCGAAGGCCUUAUCAACAUUUCACUUUAUGCUGGAAAGUGGGCUGCUUCCUGAUUUGCAAACAUAUAGUGUGUUUAUACAUAGUCUGUCAAAGCUUGGGAAGAUGGAAGAAGCUUUCCAGGUCUUUCAUGAGCUUCAGGAGAAGGGUUUGAAUCCCGAUGUUUAUACUUACAGCUCUCUUAUCUUUGGAUUUUGCAAGUCUGGUGAUAUGCUGAAAGCUAUGAGUUUUUAUGAUGAGAUGCAAAAAAAUAGAGUUGAACCAAAUGUUGUUACUUAUAAUGCUUUAAUUGAUGGAUUUGGUAAGCUGGGUGAUUUUGAUAGCAUGAGAAGGUUUUUCAAGUGCAUUCAGGAGAAAGGUUUAGAACCUACCAGUGUUACUUACACUACUAUGAUUGAUGGAUUCUGUAAAUCUGGAAAUUUAGCUGAGGCUUUUGAGUUGUUUGAUGAAAUGGUGUUGAGGGGAACCGUGCCAGAUCGUUUUGUUUACAAUGUCUUACUUCAUGGGUGUUGUAGGGCAGGGAAUUUGGAGAAGGCCAUGGAUUUGUUUAAUGAGAUGCUGGCGAAGGAAUUCACAGCUGAACUCACUUUUAACACUAUGAUUGAUGGUUUCUGCAAGCUAAGGAGACUGGAAGAGGCAAGGGAAUUGCUGAGGCUAAUGUCGGAGAAGAAGAUCAUGCCUAGUAAUGUGACCUACACAGCCUUGAUUGAUGGGUAUAGCAAAGCAGGAAAAUUGGAAGAGGCGCAAAAUUUGUUAUUGGAAAUGGAGAAAAGUAACAUAAUGCCAAACACUGUAACGUAUACAUCACUUAUUUAUGUGUAUGGUCGAUUAGGUAACCUGGGAAUGGUUUCUUCUUUGUUUAAAGAGAUGAUAUCCAAGGGAGUUGUGCCUGAUGAAGUAACUUAUGAAGUAAUGAUCCAUUCAUAUUGUAAAGAAUUGGAUGCAGCUGCGGCCUUAAGGUUUUGUAACAACACUUGUGCUGCAGAAUUUCCUGGAUUUAACCAGCAGGAAGAAUUAUCCAAAGCACAGGACUUGGUGAAUGAACUGAAAGAGUAUGAAAUCAACCCUGACAACUCUGAAUUUCAGAUGCUAUUCCAUGAUUUCUGCACAAAGGGGUUCAUGAAUGAAGCAAAACGGCUCUUAAAAGUUAUGGUAGACAGAGGUUGGGUGCCUAAGAACAAUACAUUGCUUAGUUUAGCUGAUGGAUCUUUUCAGGUAGUCCCGGCUAUGGAAGUCAGAUAUGCUUCACAGAAUUAGAAAAUAUUGGUUACAUGGAUUAACUGAAAAGCAACAAUUGCCAUGAACAUAGGAAAACUUCACAGAUCAAGUGUUGAAUGCCAAGCGAAAGGGCAAUGGCACUAGAUUAUGUGAAUUCUCUUUUUCAGAUCAAUUUCAUUUGACUCUUCCUCAGAGCUGAAGUACAUUACCAAGCACCAUGGAUGAAGAUCUGGAAUUAUAAAUAUUUAGAAAAUCUGAAGUGUUUUAGAACAUCAACAAAACCUUUGCGCGUCCAGCAUUCUUUCGGCAAGCUAACAUGGAGACAGGUGUGGCUAAGAAAGGCAUUGGAACAAAUCCAACAGAAUAAUUGGUAAAACAACAAGUGAAACUGCAGAACAUUAGGACCAAGAUUGGAAAUUACAGAUCUUAACUUACAUUGCAUAUUCUAAGCAGUGACAACCGCAAAUAAUUUCAAGGUGAGUGGAAUUGAGUUGAACCUGGAAGAGAAGUUGGACUUCAUGUUUAGAGGGGUUGCCACGAUGGGCAUUCACGCGUUCAACCCAAGUGAGCAGAGUUUUGCAGGCAUACCAGUUAACUUGGCAGCCGAGUAGGUUACUGGGUCAGGUGAAGGCCCGAACAUAUAAACUUGAGGGAGCUUGAGUCCACUUGCCAAUCAAAACGACGCAAGGUGAUGAAAAAGAAAAAUGAGAAAGACGCUUUUGUCAGAAGCUCAAUAAAUAAGCUGAUAGAAGUAUGUGCAAUUCGACCUGGUCCUUCAAAUGACACCAUCAUAGACGACUUUCUUGGAGUUUUAGAUGCACAUCCUGAACUUUUGGCUAAUACAAUAUUCUAUCUAAACUCUAUUAAGUUACUUGAGGACCCGACCCGCAGACAGAUAUUCAUGAAGUUGCGCCCCGACUUCAUAUUCACAUUUUUCUUUGGAAAAAUGAUUCUAUGAUGACACUGUCUGAUGACAUUUUUUUCCGCUGUUAAUUUGUUUGAUUUUUCAUUCUUU